AUGUUUGUGAUUUCGUUACUCCUAUUUGCGAUUUAUUUAUUAACCUCUUUUGUUUUGUUUUUAUUUAUUUUUUCAUUACCACCCAUUCUUCUUCGUCUUCUUCUUCUUCCUUUUCUUCCUCCUACUUUUCUUCUUCCUCCUAGUUUUUUUCUUCGUUUUCAUCGUUUUCUUCUUCUUCUUCUUCUUCUUCUUCUUCUUCUUCUUCUUCUUUUUCGUUCUCUUCUUUCUCUUCUUCGUUUUCUUCUUCUUUUUCUUCCUUUUCUUCUUCUUCCUCUUCUUCCUCAUUUUCUUCUUCUUCUUUUUCUUCGUUUUCUUCUUCUUCCUUUUCAACUUAUUCCUCGUUUUCUUCUUCUUCGUUUUCUUAAUUUUCUUUUGCUUCUUCUUCCUCUUCUUCUUCUUCUUCCUCCUCGUUUUCUUUUUCUUCUUCUUCUUCUUCCUCUUCUUCGUUUUCUUCUUUUUCUUCGUUUUCUUCUUUGUUUUCUUCUUCCUAGUUUUCUUUUUCGUUUUCUUCUUCGUUUUCUUCUUUUUAUUCUUCUUCUUCGUUUUCUCCUUCUUCUUCUGUCAUUGCACCUGUUGUAUAAAGUCGACAACCGUCCACUCAUUCUUCUACCUUUAUAUUUCUUCAAGUAUCUUGUUAGUUUUUUCUUUAACUCGUGA